CAAUGAUUCAAAUCACCCAACAAUACCGCCGGCUUGCAUUUAUAAUUUCUUGCAUUCUCGGGCUCCUGGUUUACUGGAAAAUGUUCAAGAACAAUUAUAUUGAAGAAAACAUUAACAUGACACACGACUUUAUAGUUCCAUUCAUCAAUUAUGUACCUGGAUUUUUUGUCUCCCCGGAAAAUAAGCUAGUUGCAUGUGAAAUUCGAAAGUCUAUGUCUCAACUGACAACUAAUCUCAUGUGUUUGCUGUACAAUGAAACCCAAUUUGUGGCAGAUAAAAACACAUUAAACGAUACCUGGGAAGCCCCGAGGCACUGUAUGCAAGAACAUAGCUUUACAAAUUUCUCUGAUGAUCUCAAGAACGACACGGAUACUGUGAAAUUUGCAUUUAUUCGAGACCCUAUUCGCCGGUUUUUGUCAUUUUACCUAAACAAGUGUGUUGACAAAAGCGAGUGCUACGAUUGUGGAAGUGAUAUGAGAUGCGUUGUCGAGAGGAUCUACAAUGGGCUGUGGAAUAUUCAAAAUGAUCGGAACAUGACUUUUAUACUUAUGGAAGCCCAUGCGGCGCCACUUUCUUGGAACUGCGGCUUUAACGAGGGAGUCUCGAAAUGGGAGCUGCUAAUGAUGGGGUCAGAUUUGGACGAGAGAACUUCAUCGACAACGAAACUGGCAAAAAUUUUGAGGAAGCAAGGGGUCAGGCACGAGCUUGUGGAGAGCAUUGAGAAGGAUAUUUUGAAAGGAGAAACCGCUCACUCUACAUUCAAAUCAACAAACCGCCUGGCAGCCGAGAAACAAAUUCGCGAGGACCCAGUCGUUCGGUAUUUCCUGCACAAGAUCUACUUUUUCGACUAUGUCGUGUUUCCCUUCAAACGUGACGUCUUGGAUCCUGAAUACCGAUCGAUUUUUGCGACGGCUCCAGCGAAAGUCGAUAUUAAAUUUUUUGUUUAAUUAAUAAAUAUGGUUGAUUUA